UUCCAAUACCAAACCCGCCCAACAACCACUGCCAAACUCCCUCCCUCGCCUCUCUUCCUUCCUCCGAUGGCCAUCACCGCCGUCUGCUCCCUCAAAUCCGCCCUCCUUUACCUGAUCUCCGCCGCCCCCGUCGACUACGCCUUCUCCCUCGAGCUUUCCCCACCCUCCACCCACGUCUUCCACUACCACGGCUCCGGCGGAUUCCUCCACGAGUGUGCCAACAGGGAUCCCCCGCCGGCCGGUUCAUCGUCUCCUUUAAAGGCGGCAUAAUCCGCUUCCUCGACGACUAAUCCUCCGGACACGUCCUCCGCGAGGUCCAACUGGCCAAGCACACCGAUAUGACUGGCAAUGGCGUCACUCGGCUUGGCCGUCGAUGAGGAACAGGGUGCUGGUGGCGGCCGCCGAUGCUCUGUUGAACAAGUACGGUUUCCUCGGGUUGGUGCACGUACGUCUUGUAUAUCCUUUCCAUUAUACGAUUGAAAAAAGAAACAACAACACAUCAAUUUGGAAGAAUUCGGCAGAUUUUCCAACAAGCCAGACAGAGGACGACAAAUUAAAAAGCUUUUUUACGCGACUUGGAAAACUUCUCUUGAUGUUCAAUACAAUGUCCACAGGAUCUGCCGCGGAGACAUAUGGUGAACAACUAGGAGACGCCAAACAAUAUUACGUGUCAUUGAAGACACUGGAUUUCCACUGAUGUUACGAAGACAAAAUGCGAGAUAAACGCUGUCUUCCAUUAGACACAUGAACGUUUCAGUGAUUUGGAUGGGUCUAUGGGAUGGAACUCUUGGUGCAGGCUGCAGUGCUGAUGAAAGGGAAGCCCUUUUGAAGUUCAAGGCUGAUCUUGAAGACCCUUCUAGCUGGCUAACAUCUUGGGUUGGCCAAGAGGAUUGUUGUACAUGGUCUCAUGUCGUCUGUGACAACUACACUGGCCAUGUCACCGAGCUCCAUCUCGGAUUGCCGCAGCCUUCUAACUGGUCAAAUUAUGUGCUUAGUGGUAAGCUCAACCCUUCCUUGCUUGAGUUGAAGUAUCUAGGUUAUUUGGACCUGUCUAACAACGACUUUCAUGGUAUUCAAGUUCCAAGCUUUCUUUGCUUGAUGACUAGUUUGAAUACCCUUUACCUGGAUGAAGCUGGGUUUGGAGGAUUGAUUCCUCACCAGUUGGGAAAUCUCUCGAAUCUGCAACAACUUGGCCUUCAGGCCUCUAAACAUUAUGGACUGUAUGCAGAUAGUUUGAGGUGGCUUUCUGGUCUCUCUUCACUAAAAUUCCUUGAUUUGAGUAAUGUUGAUCUUAGUAAUGCUUCCGACUGGUUGAACAUGAUAAACGCACUCCCAUCCCUUUCAAAAUUAUAUCUGGCUAACUGUCAAAUCCUCCAUACCCCGGCCCUCGCCAAUGUUAACUUGUCUUCGUUGUCUUCUUUAAGUUUGUACCACAAUCAAUUUGAUCAAACUUCAGUUCCAAGUUGGGUUUUUCAACUUAAGAGCCUUACUUUCUUGAAUCUAGCAUACAACACUUUUCGUGGCCCAAUUCCUCUGCAACUUCAAAACCUUACUUCGCUCAGGACCCUUGAAUUAGCUUCCAAUCAUUUCAAUCAUUCGGUGCCAAACUGGCUAUACAGUUUACAUCAUCUGGAGUACCUUGAUCUAUACAGUAAUAAAUUGAAUGGCAGAGUCUCAACAAUUGGGAUUGGAAACUUGUCUUCUCUUGUUCAUCUUGAUAUGUCUGUCAAUCAUGGCCUCGAAUUUGAAAGGGGGAUUCCUGAAUCAUUCAAAAGCUUAUGCCGCUUGAGGUCACUUUCUCUGGGAUAUGUAAAGCUGAAUCAAAAUGUAUCAGAGGUUCUUGAAAUUCUUGGAGAAUGUGCUUCUAAUACUUUGCAGGAGUUGUAUCUGGAUACUUGCCAACUGCAUGGUCAGUUGACCGAUCAGAUUGGCUUGUUCAAGAGACUUAACCGUCUCAUUCUUCCUAACAAUUCUAUUUCUGGUCCACUUCCGAGUUCAUUUGGAGAAAUGACAUCUUUGAAUCAUUUAGACCUUUCAAGAAACAAGAUAAAUGGGAGCUUUCCAACAAGUUUUGGGUCACUGACAGGGUUGGCCUAUGUGGAUAUCUCUCGGAAUGCAAUGCAUGGUGUUGUACUCCCUGAAAUUCACUUAGCCAACCUCACAAAGUUGACCUUCUUUCUUGCUUCUGGAAACCAAAUGGCGUUCAAAGCUAAUCCAGAUUGGGUUCCUUCCAGGCUACUUCAAAUUCUGAACUUGGAGUCCUGGUAUGUUGGACCUGGAUUUCCUCAUUGGCUCAAAGGUCUGCAGUAUCUGAAGUCUCUUGAUCUGGCUAACUCAGGAAUUUCAGAACCAAUCCCUGACUGGUUCUGGAGUAUGUCAUCUCAAUUCUAUUAUAUGAAUUUCUCGCACAACAAAAUCUCUGGGAGGCUUGCAAAUAUUAUCUCUGUUGUUGGCACUGACUCAUUGUUUGAUUUCAGCAACAAUCACUUGGAAGGGCCGCUGCCCACGAUUUCGUCCAAUCUCACUUUGUUAGACCUAUCCUACAAUCUGUUAUCCGGAAAUUUGGUCAAGUUCUUGUGUUUCCGUCCUUCUGAAAUGCGGACUACUCAGUAUCUGAAUCUUCGUGGUAAUCUUUUGUCUGGUGAGAUACCUGGGUGCUGGAAAAAUUGGCAGAGUUUGGAGGUCCUGAGACUUGGUAGCAACAAGUUCAUAGGAAGAAUUCCGAACUCCAUCGGCACUUUAAUCUCACUUGUGUCUUUACACAUUCAGAACAACAGCCUGACAGGUGAAAUUCCUUUGUCCCUUGGUAACUGCUCGAAGUUGCUCACUAUUGACUUGGGUUAUAAUGGAUUGGAAGGAGAGAUUCCAAGGUGGAUGGGGAUGUCGCUUUCCAGGUUGUCUAUUCUGAAUUUGCGUGCAAAUAAAUUUCAUGGCAGCAUGCCGGUGGAACUUUGCCAUCUCCAGUUUCUACAAAUUUUGGACCUUUCUCACAACUCACUUUCAGGGAGCCUCCCAGAAUGUCUGUCUAAUUUCAGUGCAAUGGCAACCUCAGAUAAUACUGAUGUUGCUGUAAUUUAUCUAUUUUUUGGAGGGGGUGAAGUGUACAGCGAAAAUCAAAUUUUAUUGACCAAAGGGAGCUUUGUGGAUUACAGUACCAUACUGAACUAUGUAAGAAGUGUAGACCUUUCCUGCAACAACUUAUCUGGAGUAAUACCAGAGGAGAUCACAGACCUAAAGGAACUCCAGUACCUGAACUUGUCGCAUAAUUUAUUCUCAUGUAGAAUGCCAGAGGGUUUACAGACAAUGGAAUCACUGGAAUCGAUGGACUUAUCUGUGAACCGGCUAACAGGAGUAAUUCCUCCUGGAAUUGCAAGUCUGACAUUCCUGAGUUACUUGAACUUGUCCUACAACAACUUGAGUGGUGAAAUUCCUUCAAGCACUCAACUGCAGAGUUUCGAUUCUUGGAGCUUCAUAGGAAACCAAGACCUCUGUGGCCCUCCAUUGAACAAAGGUUGUAGUGCGAGCAUAGCUGUGCCUAGUUCUGGAAAUGAAGAUGAAGAGGAUGAAUUUUUAUGGUUCUCCAUCAGCACGUCCAUUGGCUUUGUGGCUGGUUUUGCUGUUACAGUCUGGUCUUUUUUCUUUGGAUUAUCAAAUAAUAUACCCUGGAGUUCCUGAAUCACCCGGGGCACAGAUUCUGCAGCUGUAUGUAUUAUCAUCCUCUUUUCCUUCCAGUUAUCUAGUGGUGGCAUCAGUUUGAAACUCUGCUCAGGAGGUACUUCUCCUGAAACUUAAUUAAUUACAAUGUCACAUAUCUUUCUUUUGUGGCUCAUGCUUCAACUUCCUAAUAUCACUUUUCUCUGUUUGCUAAUGGGUUGAAGGAGCUUGAUGUGGACAAUUAUAAUGACGACGAUGAUGAAGGUUAGUAGGACUUUUCCAAGUAAAGUCUUUUUGCUCACUAUUUCAAUGGUUUUGUAACUUGUUCGUUAUUGCUGGUAUAUUAUUUGAAAUAUACAGAGAGCGAGCUUUUCAGCUCUGGGAGUGGAGACGUUUAUUAUCCUAGUAAUGACCAGGAUCCGUAUCUCAAGAGUGUAGAUGUUAGUCUUACUACUCUCAUGCUUUCUUUUGUGGUGUGAACUUGCUUGCAUUUGCCUGUGACUGCGUGUCUUAGGAUGAAUUGUGUUGCGUAUGAGCAUUCCUACGGGACUGGUGAAGAAAAGAAUCUGAUUAUUCAGCCAAAAGAGUUCCCUGAGUUUAUCUUGCUUCAUCUGGUUUAUCUUGCUGUGUUUUCAGGCCUCAAUUCUAUACUAAGUAGGAAGUCACACUGACUAUGUACUCGGACUCGGUUGGAACAAGCAGUUUUAGGUUUGUCAAAUAUAUUCUGUCUUGGCUUUUAUCCUCUCUUCCUUUAAAAUUUAUCUAACAAGGUCUACAAAAAAAUCUACAAGAAUAUCCUUGUGAGUGCCAGUGCUGACAAGCAAUUUAACAUCUGGGAUGUUGCUACUCAACAAUGUAAUAUCACAUGGGCGAAUCAUAAAAACAAGGCAAGAAUGUCCCUUAGCUGAUAAUUAUACUGCCAUGCAUUAAGAUUACAUUGUAUUUAUUGGUAUAAACCUGCUGCAAGUUCCUCCUGAUUUAACAGUUGUGCUUGUGUGGGUUGUGGACUACAACCUUUCUGUCUCUACAGGUCCAGUUAGUUGCAUGGAAUCACCAUGAGCCACAAGUUCUUCUUAGUUGAGCUUUUGAUCGCUCAGUUGUCGUGGUAAAUGAAUACCCUGUGCAAUUUAAGCUUUUUGUUACUAGUGAUGCAUAAACUACGGUCUAUGUCUUGAAGCCAAGGCUCUAGCAAUGAGCAACAUAAUGAGAUACUUGUAUGGCUUUUGCAUACUGCAGAAUUAUGCUAGGAUACAUACACGCUCAGGUUUAGCUGGUCAGUUGCAGCUGAUGUAGAAAGCUUGGCAUGGGAUCCACACAAUAGUCACUUUAUAUUCUUCUCUAUAUGAGAAACGGAACCAUCUUACCAUGUUCGUUGGGCACUAAAGCGAGAGUUAAAAGAAAAUUCCAUUUUAGGUGAGUCUUGGAGAUGGUAUUAUUCUCCCUUGUCUUGUCAGAGGGUAGCCCAUUUCUCCUGGCUAUUGGAGGUUCAAAGGGAACCCUGGAAGUAAGUAUAUUUCCUACAUACCUCUCAUCAUUCUGUGCGCGAUGUCAAUGUGAAUGAAAUGCUGUGUUGUGUUGUGCAAGUUAGUUUGCAAAAUCAUGAUUGAACGUGUAUGCUGCUCGAAAUUUUGCAGGUAUGAAACAGAGUCGGAUUUCGAACCGAUUCAGGGACUAUAAUCAUAGCAAGCUCUCGACCUCAUCUUGAGACGAGAUUUGAUGGAGUUGUGGUGAAGCAGUGCCAUUGCAAGCCGCACCGUAGCGAUGUUAUGAAUCUUCAAAGGUUUGUGAAAUGUUAGAAUGGUAGUGUUUGCUGGUUUAUCAUGUGCGGAAGCGGAACAAUUUAGUGCAGAAAACCUCUGUUACCAUCAGUACAUUUCCAGUUGAAGUUUUGUGUAAAGUUUUGGUCUUUUUGGUAUUGAAAACUUGCUGGAGAAGACGAAAAAGGUUUAGCGGCAAGCAAGAGCUACGGAUUGGCUACAUUGCUUGCUUCUACGACCACUAGCUUACGAUCUAUUUCUUCCAAGUCUUCAAUGGUUUCUUUAUUGUAGUACAUGGUAGAUAGCUCCAUUAAUUUUCUUCCAGAAGAAUCAAGCGUCGAAGUCAAAACUAAAGAAACCUAAAAUAUUCUUCGACUUUUGUAAAGAGAAAUUUGCUGCGAGGAAGUGGGUUGUGAAAAAUAUGUUGGUUGCCGUGGGAGUUGGCAUCAACCAACCUACGCAGUUACUAUAUGGACAUAAAUGGAUAUUGGGAAGUAAAAAUUCUCCGUGCAUUCUCCUCCAACUUAUGUUAUUUUGAAUGCCAUUGUUCUUCUACUAUAUUACAACGUGGGAUCUUGGUACAUACAUUUAAGAUUACCUUGGUUUUUAUGAAUAUCCGACAAGUAUAUAGGGAGAGCAAUUUGAGCUUAUAACCCUUCAGUGGCCACCAAAAGAUAUUUCCCAGAAUGAUAAGCUGGGAGAAUCUAACACAAGAUCAUCAUGCUAUCAAGAUUGUUUUCCUUAAAAUGGUAGGCUGUAAAAACUGAACCCUUAUAAUAUAAGAAGAAGUUUCUACAAACAUUAUAAACAAUGACGUUUUCC